CGGGCCGUCGGGAGCCGGGGGCUGGCAGCCGUGCGCGCCGCUGCCACGUCGGACGGACCGGCCGGGCUCGGGGCGCGGGAUGGCGGCACGGUGAGAGCAGCGCGGCGGGGGCGAUGGCGCUGCUGCUGUGCUCCGCCCUGCUGUGCGCGGCGCUGGGCUGCGCGGGCGCGGCGCUGAUCCCCCCCGCAGCCGACGUGAAGGUGGAGGUGCUGCACAAGCCGUUCCUCUGCCACAGGAAGACCAAGUGGGGGGACAUGAUGCUGGUUCACUACGAGGGCUUCUUGGAGAGGGACGGCUCCAUGUUUCACUCGACUCACAAGCAUAACAAUGGUCAACCUAUGUGGUUUACACUUGGCAUAAGGGAAGCUCUCAAAGGCUGGGACAGAGGUUUGAAGGACAUGUGUGUGGGAGAGAAGCGGAAGCUAACUAUUCCACCAGCCCUUGCUUAUGGAAAAGAAGGGAAAGGAAAAAUUCCACCUGAGAGCACACUGAUUUUCAACAUUGACCUUCUAGAAAUUAGAAAUGGACCAAGGUCUCAUGAGUCAUUCCAAGAGAUGGAUCUUAAUGAUGACUGGAAACUAUCCAAGCAAGAGGUGAAAAUUUACUUGAAGAAAGAAUUCGAAAAGCAUGGAGCAGUGGUAAAUGACACCCAGCAUGAUGCUUUGGUUGAAGACAUAUUUGAUAAAGAAGAUGAAGACAGUGAUGGGUUUAUAUCUGCAAGGGAAUUUACAUACAAGCAUGAUGAACUGUAGAAAAGGGUGGCAUAAUUUUUUUUGACACAAAUAGUGGUGACUUAGACUGUCUGAUUCUCGUGUCAUCUUAAUUCUGUGUUUUGGAGUUGAGAAUUGCUGUUGGCAAAGAAACACUUUCUUUAUAGAAAAGAGAUUUUCUCUUCAUUAUGUACAAAUGUUUUAAAGUAUUUUAAAGUGUGAAAAUGUACUCCUUCUAUAGCAAAGACUUGUACAUCAGUGUUUUUUAAAUUUUGUAUUAAAUUAUUUUUCAGAAAUGAAACAAACUUUCCAGUUACCAAGCAUAAAAAUCAAAAUCCAGUUCAGUGACUUUCUGUGAUUUGUUUGUGUGCCAAGAUCACUUUCAGCAGCUACCUUAUGUAUAACUUGUAGUCUGUGGCCUAAUUACUUGACCUUCCUUCUUGUGUGUCACUGCUUAAAAAGCAGUGUGCUGACCUUGGGUUUUUUUUCCAGAUUUUUAAAAGAUGUAGUAGAAGGCAUCAGCAUCUCUUUAUACAGCUGAGAAACUGAUACAAAGCUGAAUGAGAAGAAUGGUUAUAGUGUGCUGAUCUUGCCCUUCUAAAGGGAGAGUGUUACCAUCCAUGGCAAUAAUUGUCUGCAUUUUUUGUUAAAUUUUGUGAACAAAGCAGGAGUUAAAUGUCAGACUUUCACUUCUACUGCCAGCAACAUUCUAGGAAAUGUCUGUAGUUUGGAAAGCAGCAAGUUGUGCUGCAGUGCAGAGGUGGUGUCCUUUAAAUGUACACAUGCAUUUGUUUUGAAACUCAGACUUAGCAUUCAUCAGAAAAGAUCAUGCCUUUCUCUCACAGUUUGAGGGGGAUAUUGAGCAGAAUACUACAAGUGUGAAGUUUUUCCUCUUGCAGAAGGGAGAGUGUACUGACAGGAGCAUCAGUAUGGUCUGAAGAACAGUUUCCAUGGGCUUGUCUGCUAUGCAGCUGCGUGAGUCGCAGAACUUGUUUCAUUGCCCCUUUGCAGCAUUUUUCACAAGUAGCACACAAGUGAUAAGAAUUUUAAAUAAUAAAAUGGAGUUUUAGAAAAAUAAAGGUGUGAGGUAAAUGUUAUGGUGCUGUGUCUACAGAGGUGGAGAUCAUUAGGAUUUCAAACACAAAAUUGGAGUUCAAAGAGGAGAGGAAGAAAUUUUUGGAGAGGAAGAAAUAUUUUUGCAAUUGUCCAUGGUUUCUUAAAUGAGAGGGCAAGGUAUCUCAGGGACAGAAUUUAUUCUGACAUCAGUAACCUAUGGGUCUAUGAACACAGCAUUGUACUAUGUUGCCCAAAGCUAUGUAAGGACGCGAAGCAAAUCCAGUUGUAUGAAACCGAGAUUGCUGCAUUGCACUGACCCUUAACUACCGCAAGCUGAGACUGCAUUCAAGGUUCUCAGUGCUGUGGGUGAGUUAGAUGUUUCCCUGCCACCUAGUGUUGCAGUUGAGGAUUCGAAGACUGCUUCAUUAAACUGAGUUCAGCCGCAGAGGGGCAUUUAGAGAUGCCUGUCAAUAGUGACUGUUGAGAGGGAAGAGGAAAGUUGUAGGUGAAGGUGAGCAGCGUUGGGCUGUUCUGUUUUGGUUUUCUUCCAGCAUCUGGCAUUUUGUGGGUGGUGUUCUAAGUGACAGGGAAUUGUAGCCGUGCAUUUUGUUUUCAGUAACCUUAGAUCUUUUUCCUCAGUAAUGCUGUCUGCUUUUCUUGAACCCAGUAACACUUGUGCUUUUACGGCAGUGAGUUUCACAGUAAAAUAGUGUAGGAAAAUGUUUCCCUUCUGUUUUAGGCUCAUUUCCUGCUCUUACUCUUUUAUCGUGAAGAAAUAAUGAAUAGUCAUUACCUAUUUAGCUCUUCUGACUGGUCUUGGUUUUGCACAUUGAUGUUUUUUCCCAUCACUUAGGAAAAUCAAGCUUGCCUGACUUCAGCUUGCACAAGGUUGGUUGCAUGUUCUGUGCUGGCUGUCUUGAUUUCCCCUACAGGCUCCAGAGCACUGGGCACCUGUGGGCAGCUCAGUACACGUGUGUUGUUUAUCUUGUGCUGGGAUAGCUACCUUAUCAAACAGUGUCCUGUCUUUCUCUGUUGACUGUGUGGGGAACGUAGACAAUUUGUAUAGCCUAGGCCAAGGGGGGCUAAUAGCUGUGAAGCUGAUCUUUAAGCUGGUUGUGCCUGCAUGUGGGAACUGUCAGGUACCCAACCAACCGAAUGGGAAAUACUGUGUGUGUGUGUGCUGCUGGGAAGAGCAGAACUGAGACUUACCUUGGGUCUGUGAGGGUUUUAGAUCAUUGUUUGCAGGGUUUAGCAUGUUCUCAAAACAUCUGGCUGGGGAAUGAAAGCAUAAAAGCAUGGGAUAAAAUUUGCCCAUGUUACUGACCUAAUACAUUAAAAGUUAAGAUUAAAUAAUGGGGUGCCAAUAUGUGACUCCAGUUAGGGCCAAUUGUUGUUUCUUUUAUAUUAAGUAGGAGUUUAUAGUCAGUGACUGCUGUGAAAUGUAUAUAGGCAUUAUCUUCUGCUUGGAUUUUUAAAGCAUUUCAUAAAAAUAAACUUUUAGUGAAUGUGUAGUUACUUGUUAAUGCCAGCAGAGUGUUAAAGCUGCAAGACCAAGAUGCUUUAUUUGUUGUUGUGUAUAGGUUUAUGCCAAAUGAGAGCAUGGGUUUUGUUCUUAAUAAUUUUCUUGAGAGCUGUGUUAAAUUCUGAAGUUGAACUGAAAAUGUUUUUUAAAAGUGCAGAACCAGCAGCAGAUUUGAGAAGUCACUUCAACUUGAUUAUCAUUUGCUAUUGUUAAAGUCCUCCUGUGAAGAUGAAAGGCUUUCCUAGGUA